AUGAAGAUGAAAAUUACACCACCAGCAAUCGACAGGCAGACUUUUGGACUGGUGAAAUCAAAAUGGUUACACACGUUGUACAAAUGGAAAUUGAUCGAUGCCAGCUAUGCAAUCAUACUUGUCAUUUUAGAUGCAACGGUGGUACACUGGGCACACCCGUACGAAAGACAGUUUACAAUAAACGAUAUCACGAUAAGCCAUCCAUUUGCCGAACAUGAGCAUGUUCCGGCUUCCAUGCUUCUUAUUCUUAUUCUUGCAAUUCCACCUGUUGUUUUCUUUGUGGUGGACAUGCUUUUCACUCCAAGGGGCCACAGGUUGUACCUGUUCUACAUUUCAUACUUGGGCUUUGCCGUUUCUGUCACAACUUGCGACCUUAUUGUUGAGACAAUGAAGAAUUGGAUAGGAAGAUGCAGGCCAGACUUCCUUGCCAGGUGCAUUCCAAGCGACGAUGCGGUUGCAGACACGCUAUACUACGCCAGUGAAAUCUGCACGACGAAAAACGUCAGUCGACUUCUAGAUGGUUUUCGCACGACCCCGUCUGGCCACUCGUCGAUGGCAUUUUCGUGCUUUGGAUAUCUGACACUCUGGAUGCUUGGUCAGUUUUUGGGAUGCUCCUGCAACUAUGUCGGUGCCUGGAGGUUUUUGGUCUCUUUUGUGCCUUCUCUCUUUGCUGCAUAUGUUGCAUGUUCCAGAACUCAGGACUACAGGCACCAUUUUGUGGAUGUGAUACUUGGCUCCUCCAUUGGCUGGCUUAUGGCCUGGUGGUCUUAUCGCAGGUACUUCCCUAGUGUCUUUAAUAGGAGCUCAUAUGUACCAAGUAUCAUCUUGGACAUUUCCAAACAUGGACUUGACGAUAUUCAGACCCAUGACUUCUAUAAUGAGCAUAGCUCAGAUAUGGAGGGGUUUGACUUGGAAAGUCGCGGUGCUGACAUAAGCAGUGAAGCUAAUACAAGCAGCACUGCUCCAUUAAAUUAUGAUAGGGAUGUUAUAUAA